UGAGCUUGGUCUCCAGCCCCGGCCUGGUCCCCGAGCUCGCAGCCCCGCGGACCAGAGUCAGCCUCCCAGGCAUCCCUCGGCCGAGCCAGGGGGUCGGGGCUGCUCGGAGCCUCCCGCCGUCGGGCAGAGCUUCCUCCGAUCGACCGCACGUCCCACGGCCGCCCCGCCCGCCCGGCGACAACCCGGCCCGGCACGAUGGCCGGGAAAGCGGCGGGAGCCGGCGGCACCGGGAUCCUACUUGUCACGGCCAACGUGGGCUCGCUCUUCGACGACCCGGAGAACUUACAGAAGAAUUGGCUUCGAGAAUUCUACCAGAUCGUGCACACGCACAAGCCGCACUUCAUGGCCCUCCACUGCCAGGAGUUUGGCGGAAAGAACUACGAGGCCUCCAUGUCCCACGUCGACAAAUUUGUCAAAGAGCUGCUGUCCAGCGAUGCAAUGAAGGAGUAUAACCGGGCCCGCGUGUACCUGGAUGAGAACUAUAAGUCCCAGGAGCAUUUCACGGCACUAGGAAGCUUCUAUUUCCUUCAUGAGUCUUUGAAGAAUAUCUACCAGUUUGACUUUAAAGCAAAGAAAUACAAAAAAGUGACGGGCAAGGAAAUUUACUCAGACACGCUGGAGAGCACGCCGAUGCUGGAGAAGGAGAAGUUUCCUCAGGAUUACUUCCCAGAGUGCAAGUGGUCCAGGAAAGGCUUUCUUCGGACCAGGUGGUGCAUCUCGGACUGUGCCUUCGACCUGGUGAACAUCCACCUCUUCCACGACGCUUCCAAUCUAAUCGCCUGGGAGACCAGCCCGUCGGUUUACUCCGGGAUUCGGCACAAGGCCCUGGGCUACGUGCUUGACCGAAUCAUCGACCAGCGGUUUGAGAAGGUGGCGUACUUCGUCUUCGGAGACUUCAACUUCCGAUUGGACUCCCGCUCCGUGGUUGAGACGCUUUGUACAAAAGCCACGAUGCAGACCAUCCGGGCGGCUGACACAAACGAAGUCGUGAAGUUAAUAUUCCGUGAAUCUGAUAAUGACCGGAAGGUCAUGCUGCAGCUAGAAAAGAAGUUGUUUGAUUAUUUCAAUCAAGAAGUGUUCCGAGACAACAAUGGGACAGCGCUCCUGGAGUUCGACAAAGAGCUGGCCGUCUUCAAAGACAAGUUGUACGAGCUGGACAUCUCAUUCCCUCCCAGUUACCCGUACAGUGAAGACUCGAGCCAAGGGAAGCAGUACAUGAACACCCGGUGUCCGGCCUGGUGCGACCGGAUCCUCAUGUCCCCAUCAGCCAAGGAGCUGAUCCUGAGAUCUGAAAACGACGAGAAGAUUGUGACAUAUGACAACAUCGGGCCCAAUGUCUGCAUGGGGGAUCACAAGCCGGUGUUCCUGUCCUUUCGCAUCACUCCCGGGGCAGGUAAACCCAGUGCACAUAUGCACAAGUGUUGUGUCGUGCAGUGACGUGUCGGGAGAAGAUGCCAGCGGACCGAGAAGAUCUUUCGGGAGACUGCCUUGUAACCUGCCAGGAGGAGGAGGAGGAGGAGGAGGAGGAGGAG